AUGUUCUCUAAGAAACACUCAUCUGGAAGUCAAAAAAGAAAAAGAAAAAGACAGAGAGAAGAAUUAACUCAAUCUCAAAAGGGAGCUCUGGAUAAAUUUUUUCAAAACAAAACAAAUAGUUCACUUGAUAACUCAACUGAAGAUUUAGUCAAUGAAUCUGAGCAGCAAAAUCAUGUUGAAGAAUUUGUAGGAAUUGAUAAUGAUUUAGUCAAUGAAUCUGAACAACAAAAUCAUGUGGAAGAAUUAGUAGGAACUGAGAAUGAUUUUAAUGCACAGGUAGGUGACUUAGGUGAAGAUGAACAUGUUGAGAAUGAAGAUUUUGACCAUCUUUGUAAUAAUGAAGACACUGAACCUGAGGGUGUAGAACCAAGUUUUCCUUUAAACAUUUUUGAUCCUAGAAUUUGGGAUAAUCUAGAUGAAAAAAUGAGAGCUUUACUUGUGGAAAAAGGUCCUGCAAGAGAUAAUAAUAUCAAAUUUCCCAAGGACGAAAGUUUUAGACAUUUUUCCUCAACUUAUUACUUGAGAAAGUUACCAAAUGGGGAGACUCAUGAUAGAAAAUGGCUAGUAUACUCAAAGGAAUUGGAUAAG